GCAAUAUAAGUUGCAUAUAAUUUUACUUAGGAAUAAGUUUUCACAAUGAAGUUCUUAGGAGCUUUAUUGGUUGCAGUGUUUGCCUUGGGUGCUGUGGCUGCUGACAGGAAUUCGCCCACAUAUGUCCGCGGUUUCCCAGUGGGAAGAUCCAGAGCACGAACAACAUUUGGCAAUGAAGAAAUAAAGUGUACUAAUAAGCAGUUGGGAACAUUUUGUCACGAUUGUUCUACUUUGAAGUUGUGCGCUGGACAAGAAACCCCAAUUACAACAAUCAAUUGCAGAGACUCAAAUUCCGAUGCUCCAUUUUGUGUAGAUGAUAUGUGCUCAUCAAAACCUGGGGAAAACUGUAAGACGGCAGAAACUACAUGCGCGGUUGUAGGAUAUCAGCCAGAUCCGAAAGACUGCACAAGAUACUUAUUCUGCAAAGAUGGUAAAGGUCAGGUUUUCGAAUGCCCACCUAACUAUGUAUAUGAUCAUUCUAAAAAUAUGUGUAAAAAGAAAUCGUCAGAAGCUGAUUGCACCGUCAUGAAAUGCACAAAUCCCAAUUCUUUUAUAACCUAUGCACCGGACCCAUCAAUUUAUGCUUGGUGCAAUGACAAAUUGCAACCGAUCGUACUGAAAUGUGAAGACGACGUCAACGAAUGGUUUGACCCAAAAUCUUUCUCGUGCAGAACUGCAUGCAAAAGUGAAAACGUUUUUUCCGAUCGAAGAGAUUGUAAAAAAUAUUAUCAAUGUUUCUUGGUUAACAACAAAUGGCAAAUAAAACAUUAUGAUUGUCCAAAUGGCUUGCACUUUGAUAAAACGGAGUUGCGAUGCAUACCCACGCCACCCGGCGAAGAAUGCAAAAGUGAGAUUGCUAAGUAAGGCUUAAACCAGGAAAACAAUCUUGAAUAGACUAAUUAGGAUUCAAAUUAUCAUAAAGUAGUCAAUUAAUAUAAUAAAUACACAAAUGAUCUGUGCAAUUAAAUAUAAAAAAUAUGUAUAAAAAUUAAAAUGUAUAAAAUUGUAUUUUAUGUAAGGAGCACAAACAAAAUGUCAUUAACUAUAGUAAUUUCUGAUUAUUUAAAAUAUAUAAAUAUAGAAGCUUUAUGAAAUUACAUGUAUCUUUUUAAUAAAAAUAAAUCGUUUGGGCCGUUCCUUUG